AUGGAGAGCUUUGGUGUAGAUCGUGCAACGCAUAUGCAGGGUCAGAUUUAUAUACGAAACAAUGGCUGGGCCUGGGCAUUCUCGUACACGUAUUCAAUGGAAUUGACAAACAAAGGCAUAAAGAGGGAAUGUUGGAGAAUCCUAGAUUCCUUUGUGGCCAUGGAUCUUUCAGGCAACAAGUUUGAUGGAGAAAUUCCUAAUAUUAUGGGGAAUUUAAAAGCACUUAAUAUGCUCAACCUUUCCAACAAUGUUCUUAGUGGUUCUAUCCCAUCAUCUUUGGCAAACCUCUCAAAUCUUGAAUCCCUGGAUCUUUCUCAAAACAUGCUAUCUGGAGAAAUUCCUCCGCAAUUGGUAGACCUCACCUUCCUUUCAUUCUUGAGUGUCUCACAAUCAUCUUGUGGGACCUAUACCACAAGGGAAACAAUUUUCUACAUUUGGAAUCAAUUCAUUCGAUGGAAAUGUAGGAUUGUGCGGAAGCCCAUUGUCCAAAAAAUGUGCUGA